AGAUUGCUGGGUGUCGUUAGUCUAGAAACUGGCACGGUACAUUCAUCUUCGUCUACACGUCCUUUUGAGAGACACUAACAGUGUUUAAUAGUUGAGUGUUUUAUACUCAUAGCCACUGGUGAUCCAACUGGGGUAUCUUCUGUAGAAAUAUUGAUGGGCCACAAGGCGUAUUUACAUGAUUUUACAGUGAAGUAUCUCUAAAGAAAAGCUACAUAACAGCGAUAUUCAUCGUUAGCUUCGUGCUCCACCAUUUUGACACCAAGUUUGUAACGAUGCAGCCAAAACAAGUGGCAGCAAUUGGGCUGAUCUCUGGCAUCAUCUUUUUUAAGUUCAUCUCAAUGGUUGAGCUUAAUGAAUGUGAAGAUAAAGGACAAUACAGAGCGGCGAACGGGCUUUGCUGCCACCUCUGUCCUCCAGGAAGCAAGUGGCUUUAUGACUGCUUUUACAAUGGCGACCAAUCUUUAUGCACACCUUGCAUGCCAGGGAAGGACUACAUGGACGAUGCACACCGUGAUCCUCAAUGCAAAAAGUGCAGCACCUGCAAUCUUCUCUAUGAAGAUGUUCAACAGGACUGUACUGUCACUAGUGACACUGUGUGUCAGUGUAAGGAUGGAUACAGUCGGGCUCAUCCUUCACAGCCUUGUGGGGUCACAUCAAACACAGAAAAAAACAUUACAAUUUCUGCUGUAAUUGGGAGCUUCAUUAUUUUGUUGGUGGCCUUAUUGAUUUAUCGGAAGAAGAAAUGCUUAUACCCCUUUGGUGAUUCUGGCAAAGGGACGGAGACUGUGGCACUUCUUAGUGUGAAAGUGCCCAAGGAUGUCCUUGAGGAGCCACGAAUGCUCAUCGAGAAGAGAAUGAAGUCCAGUAAUGCUGAGGUUUGGCGGCAGUUCCAUGAGUUGCUGCCAGAAUUGUAUAAAUCCAUCUCUGAAAACACAUUCUAUUUCUUGUACGAGAUGGAUAUAAAAUACAAGAUUAAUAUACACGUGUACUGUGGGGUUUAUGAAAUUACUGACAUCUCAGCACGUGCAAUCUUUAUACUCAAUUACGUUAUUCUUGAGGGUGAGGAGAAGUGCCAAGGGCUCCUGGAGAUGAUCCUUGCAGGACAGAAUAAGCAAACGCAGCUGCAGACCCUGCUUGACUCUGCCGUAAAAUGCUCUCCAACUCUUAAUCCAAACACUGCACAUGAAGAACUUAACAUCUCAGAUGAUGGGAAGACAGCGGAAUGGCUCAAGAGCCCUCCAGAAAAACCCGAUCACCCAGAUCGGUUCAAAUACUGGUCACAGGUGCUGUCUGCUGAGAGUUUCUCUGAAGGAUGCCACUUCUGGGAGGUGAAUGUGGGGGACGUGGACAACCUUCGUGUUGGUGUCUCUUACCAGAGUAUUCUACGUAAAGAACCAGACAGUGCAUGCCUGAUUGGAUUUAACAGCAGGUCCUGGUGUUUAUGGAAACACAAGAACAAAUACAACGCCUGGCACGACCAGCAUAGGACGGAGCUGGAAGUGGGUGAACAUCCUCGCAGAAUCGGUGUUGGCUUGGACUAUGAUAAACGGGUUCUGUUAUUUUACAAUGCUGACAACAAUAAGCAUCUACACACAUUUUAUGCUCACUUCUCUGAACCCCUGCAUGUUGCCCUAUGGGUGUGGUCUGGGGUCCUCACUAUUGAGCCUGUUAACAACGAUUAAAUUGGAUAUUGGUUUCAUAAUUUAUCCGUGGAGAAUAAUAAACAGGAUCAAAUUGCCAUGCAGCUCCUCUUAGUUAUUUUACAUGGAUAUCACAGGUAAUAUUGUUUUCUCUACCACAUGCACUGAUAACCUUUAUCUAAAGAAUUAAAGGUAAGAAAAGAUGUUACGUAAAAUAUACUUCUCCAAACGUAGUCAUUCGGUCUUCAGAUGUUUCAACAUCCAAAUAUUUUUUUUCCAAUUUUCUGAUUAUCAAAGACACCCAUGUAACCAUAAUGGACAAGCUGAGCCUUGCCAAACAGUUAAAUUUGCAUUAUAGGAAGGGGUACUAUUUGCAAUUUCCGAAUGGCACAAUGUUCUCUUGCUUUGGACUGUAAUUGGUCUGCAGCACAGUCCAUGGCUUUCCACAUAUAUGUGGAUAUCACAGAUAAUAUAAACAUUUUCACCCAUCUGCUGGUCCACCCACCCUCUUAUAAUCAGCAAAAUUGCAGAUAAUAGAAACUGCCAAUUUGAAGGCACAAAUGACAAAUGUCUUAACUGCAUCGAUAAGACAGUUACAAAUAACAAUAGUUGUACUGUAUUUCCACAUUGUGCAAAUCAGUUGCACUGCACACCCACACAUCAGUGCCACUCUACACAACAUCGUUUCUGGGCCGAUUAACUUCCUGUGGAUCCCUUUCUCAUAUGCUGCGACAAGGCACAAUUUCCACAUUUUCCGUUGCAGAUGAACUCAGCAUAAUUUUCUACAUUGUGUCGUGUAGGCUUACACUGCAUGCAUACUUGAUUGGUGCAAAGUUAUAUUAAUGUGUCUGAGCCUUUGGUCUUGAAAGCAGCCCUGAAAAUUGCUGGCUCGUUGGUCAACUGUUAAGGCAUCCAUUCUCGAUCAGCAAUUGUUAUUGUAUAUAAAAUAUCUUACUUUUAUAUGGGAAUUAAGCAAUAUGUGUUACCAGUUUGUGAUUAUUAUUCAUAUAUUUGAAACACGAUAUAUGGGAAAGUAACCCCCAGAAAUAAUAUCUCAGUCUCUGAAACCUGACAUCAGGC